CUUCCUUUUGGCGUCGGGCCGAGGCAGUAUCGACCUAGUUGUCGGUUUGGUUGCAUCUCAGUAGCACAGCGGCUUCGUCUUUAUCGUCAGUUUGUUGUUUGGCGCCUGCCUCAACCCCAUCUUGGGGGAACGGCCCAUGCCGACGGCCGCAGAGGACCAAGAAGAACAGAGCGGCAGCAUUGGCAGUGCCAAGGACCUUGCGGAGGCCAAUGGCAUUGCCAAUGGGACGUCGACGCCGAUGGCGUCAGCCGCCGCCGCCGCCGCCUCGCCGCCGCCCAAAUCGCUCUGCUGGCUGUUCGACUGGGUGAGGAAGGUGCAUUCACACACAAUUAUGGAUGAGAGCAGCGCAACAGAGUCAGAAAAGGCCAUUUGCAGUGAGUGAUACAUAUGAACGUGGGUGCAAUGCAUUGCAUGCGGUGUUGUUGGUUGGGUUUCGUUGCGUUGUCAGGAUGACACGUUGUUUCCAAGGUCCUUCUUCCGUAACUUGCGCGUGUCGUGUCGCAAAGAGUGCUCUCCGAAGAUGCUCACCGAUUUGCAAGCCGUCGAAGCCAAAGGCAUCAAAGGUCCGUCCGCCGUCCGUCCGCAAGGCAGUCAAAGGCAGCACAGCACCUUGCCCGUGUGUGUGGAUUGGAUUGGUGCGCUGUUUUGUUUUGUGCCUGCAGUGAUGGAGCGUGCGUUGGCUCGUGGCGACGUGGUGGUGAUAUCGAACGCGACCCAGCAGUGGCUGGUCCACUCCGGCGAGGAGUUCCUGCCCAACCUGGUCACCUACCUCAACACACACGGCGUCGAGCGCAUCAGCGCGCGGGACAUCAACGAACGGGACGAUAUCAUGCACUGGAAGGUAUGGCUGUCUGUCCCCCUACACAUACCAUACACACACACGCAGGGCAGAGGAGAGGGUCCAUCUAAUCUGAUGUGGGGUGCUGUGCUGUGGUGUGCUGGGCUGUGCUGUGGCGCGGUCUGUGUGUGUAGACGAAUGCGUUCAUGGCUCAGGUGCAGCGGCGGCUGCCGGGUCUGGAGGCUGUCGUGUCCAUCGGUGACGACCAGUACGAGAUGCAUGCACUGGAUAGAGUGGCCGAGUAAGGCAAAGAGACAGCCAAACAGCUAAACAGCCAGAUACCACACUACACUCGUGUCCUCUUCCCUUGCAUUGCAUGCCUUCGUUGAUCAAUCAGCCGGUACCGAGCGUUGCGUACCAACAAGGUCAAGCUCGAGGAGCAGCCCGACAUUCAGGAGUUGCAGAUGGUAUCCGUCCAAUCCACACACCACAGGGGUGACGCCGUCCAUUCCUCCCCCCUCUCUCCCUCUCUCUGUGUGUGUGUGUGUGUUGUAUCGGCAGGAGCUUGAUGUCUUGGAGCAGAAGUUGUACUCAGUGCUGGAGGCGCCAGGCACCCUCUGGCAAAUCAGGCUCCCCAACCGAGAACAUAGGUAUGUAUGUGUCCGUGUGUGCGCACUGCAUCCAUGGAUGUCGCGCAGAACGCAAAACAGACCGACCGACCAGAAUGUCUUCUCGUCCCGUUCAUGUGUGUGUGUGUGUGUGUGUGUGUAUGCAGUCGGCAGACCUUUUUGGAGCGUGCGUAUGCGCCGCCGCCUGUCAAUGACAAGGCGAGGCUCAUAUCGUCACAGGUAGGCAGCCCACACACACACACACACACACACACGUCCUCACACUUCCAAGACAAUAUGAGACACACACACGCAUUUAUUGCUGUAUGUAUUGUUGAUAUUGAUGUGUAUGGGUAUGUAUCUCUGUGUGUGUGGCUGGUUGAUGGAUGGAUGGCUGGAAGGAUCAGAGCAAGAUUUGCACCGGUUCAUUCCCCCCUGAGUUUGUGCCAGAAUUCGACGCCAUGCUCGCUAGCUAUGCCGUCAGCCAGGCCAACGGCAUCGGCAAUGGCACCACAGCAACCACCACCACCACCACCACCUCGCUCGCUCCGCUCGCCCCCCCUCCCCCCACCCCAUCGGGCCCCGCUGCCAUAGUCAACCGCAUCUCCGUCUCGUCGCCACCAUCGCCAUUCCCCGUACCGACCAUGGUCGCACCACCACCCCAGCCAUCAGCAGUCAACCCCCUGCAGCAGUGUGACGACAUGGCGCUGCCCCUCCUGCCGCUGCUGCCCGUGGCGCACUCCCAGAUCCAGGGGCAGGGUAUAAAUGCGCAUGCCGUCACACCGCCGCUGCCUCUGUCGGUGCCGCCCACCAGGACGCUCACCUUCUCGGUACGUGUUGACAACGAAACACAAGACACACACAGAGACAGAGAGAACAAGAGAACAGAAUAUAUACGUCGCAUGCCAUGCACGCAUCCUUCCUUCCCAUCUAUCUCCGUGUUGUCUGUCUUUGGUUGUCAGGACAUGGUGUGUGUUGACAAGAAGGGGGAGGGCGAGGGGGAUGGGGAUGGGGAUGAGGAGGACGGCAAGGCCCCGGCGGCAUCUGAGAAGAACGCACCCACCCGGUCGAUCAGCAUCAGCGCCAGUGCCAUGCCUCUGCCGGUGCUGCCCUUGCCGGUGCCUGUGUGGCCGGGCGGCCCGCAGAAGCACAAGAGGGGCGCCCCUGGCUGUGGUGGUGGUGGUGGUGACGGGGAGGAGGAGGACGCGGGAGGGGAUGCCGUGCGGAAGCCGAUGGACGAGCCUCUGGAGGACAUCCUAUCGGAGGGCGAGGCGGCCUGCACCCCACACGCGUCCAAACUUCCCAGCUUCCCCAGCAGCAGCACGAGCCACCUGAGCGAUGGCACUAGUGGUGCCAAGGACGACACGACCCACACCAACACCAGCAGCACCAACACCAACACCAACAUCAACACCAACACAGCUGUGGCUGAGCUGACGCAUGGCGAGGGAGAUGAUGCAGAGGCGGAUGACGUGGACCUGGAGGGGUACAUGGAUGUGGCGGGCGGGGAGGGUGAGGGUGAGGGUGAGGGCAUGGAGGCCGAGGGUGAGUACUUCGACGCCCUGGCCAUGCCGAUGGAGAUCGAGGAGAUGACGGCCAAGCCCAUGAGCCAGGACUUCCUGCUACCGCAGGACUAGGACCACCAGGAUGACAUCAAACCCAUGAGCCAGGACCUGCUGCACCAGGAGGAGGGGGAUGAUACCGACGACGGCAGGGUGACCAGGAUGAGCACCAGCUGAUCUGUAUGUGAGGUGCAUUUGGUUGGUUGAUGGGAUGGGUCUGGCUGAAUGGCUGAAUGGCUGUCUGGCUGCCUGGGUGUGGUGUGUGGUUGGAUUGCAUGUGAUUGAUUGAUUGCGUGAGUGAGUGAGUGAGUGAGUACAGACAGUAUCGAAGUAGUCUGCCUGCCUGAGCCUGAGGGAAGAGACAGAGACACACAGCUGCAGACAGACAGAUGUACCAUACACACACACACACAGGCGUAUCGUCUCCUAGCAGCGUUAGAGCCGUGUCGGCACACGCACACGCACACACAUAGAUACACACGCAGGGAGAGAGACAGAGACACGUCUAGAUCCUCUCCUCCCCCUGGCUCUAUCUAUCCAUCGGAUGGUUCCCUCGUCCAUCAGACAAGGUAGAGCAACGCCCUUCUCUCUCUCUCUCUCUCUGUCUCUCUCCCUCUGUCUGUCCGCCUGGUAGAAUUCGUAUGCUGCUCGUACAGCUGGCUGUGGCUGCUACCCUCUCUCUCCCUCUCGCUCUCUCUCUCGGCUGUCCGCAGAUGUGUGUAUGAGAUGAGUGGAUCUAUGUGUAGCAGAGAGCCGGCCGAGCGAACCGAUAGAUAUGCGAGUGAGCAGUUUCCCUUCGACGCGCACACAGAGACAGGGACUCAAGCAUGCAUUGCAUCCGCCGGAAGAGCGACAGAUAGGCUGGCUGGUGCAUGCGGCUCGUGUCGUGCGGACACACAGAGAGAGACACUAACUACACACUCCACUCGCUGGCUGCCUUCUGCAUGGCGCCGGCCAGUUAGUUGUGUGAAAGGGGUGGUUGUGGUUGUGCGUGUGUGUGUGUGGUUGUGUGUGUGUUGUGUGGAUGGAUGCCAUGAUAAAUGGGUGCGGUGCGUGGCGUGUACAUAGGUAGAGGGAUGAUACGAGGAGGGCGAUCGGAUUGGAUGGAUUGCAUUUGAUUGGAUGGGUGGUCGACGGACAGAGAGACUCGGAGAGAUGACAGACCGACCGACCGAU